AUGUACCGACAAUUACGUGAGGCCAGCAGGAAUUAUUUAAAGAGGUGGCUGUCGCGGAAUGACAAAAGGGAUCCCGCAGAUUAUAAAGUGCAGCCCCGCCAUCCGAUACGCAUACGAGGGCGACACGCGCGGCUGGCUCCCUUGGCGUCGGCGGUGAUAAUGGCGAGAGGAACGGCGCCAUCGGAACGUCCCGCUUCCUUCCUGUCUGCUGAAAGGCGCGAUCACGGAAGAGCCGAGCUC